AUGUCGUACAAUAUACUGAAGUGUAACUGUCAUCAUCAUCAUCAUCAUCCCCCUCCAGCAAAUGUCGCAAUCGAUACCGCUGGUGAUGAAUAUUCCAAAGCAGUGCAUAUUUCUAGGCAUCAGCAACCCCAACAUAGUAGAAUUAAAAUCGCCAUUGCGCGAAGUGCAGUAAGCGACGAGCAACUCAUUCACACUCCGGCAACUUUUGCUGUUUUCAUUUCGCGACCGUCUUUUGCAGAAGAGGGUCGGGAGUUUGGGGCUGUGGCGAUGCUCGAGAGCAAUCGAGUAAAGCUAUCUGUCGAUCUUACAAAAAAGACUCAGGCCAUCGUUGGUAGUUAG